AUGUUUACAGGUCUACGCAACGCUUGUAGUGUAAACGGUGUAGGGAUAUCACCACUUAACUCUAGGCUGGACUCGUGUAUAAGGGAGAAAGAUAGAUACAAAGGAAGAAUAGGUACUUGGAAUGUUGUAACAUUAACUGGUAAAAGUAGAGAAUCAGUAGAAGUAUUGAAGAGGAGAAAAGUUAACAUUUGUUGUGUGCAGGAAACUAAGUGGAAAAGGGACAAAUGGAGGGAAAUAGGUGAGGGUUAUAAAAUAAUAUACUCAGGUAAGUCUAGUACAAAGAAUGAUGUAGGAAUAAUAAUGGACGAGGAGAUGAAAAGUAAAGUAGUAGAAGUAACUAGAAAUAGUGACAGAAUUAUAGUCGUAAAAUUGAUAUUUGAGAAAAAAGUGCUGAAUGUAAUAAGUGCCUAUGUACAACAAGUAGGAUGUGAUGAAAUAGACAAGGAAGUGUUUUGGAGAGAGAUGGAUGAGGUAAUGCAAGGGUGUCCUGACAAUGAGAAUGCGAUGAUAGGUGGAGAUAUGAAUGGACAUGUAGGUAAUGAGAGGAGAGGAUAUGAAAGAGUACAUGAAGGGUAUGGUUUUAGUGGGAAGAAUGAGGCUGGAAAAAGAAUCCUGGAUUUCGCAGUAUCAUAUGAUCUUGCUAUGAAGUUCUAA